CCUCCAAUCAGCUGACCGGCAGAAAAUCCCUAUUUGCUUAAGGCUUGGAAAGCGAGCCGGUUCGAAACCCCUCUGGCUCCGGAUUAAGGUGGCAACUGCAGAGGAGGAGGAGGAGUGGAUCCGGAUUGGAAGAUUGCAUUGAAGGUCUACUCUGAGAAAGCAAUCUUGGUUGGACUACAGCACCCCUAAUCCCCCGCCAGCCUCUCCUUGUCCUCCAAAGGGGUUCUCAGGUGCAUUGGUUUGAGCGUCUGACUCUGGAGACCUGGGUUUGACUCCUGGCUCAGCCAUUGGAAACCCAUUGAUAGCUUUUGCAAAUCGGCCAUGGUCAAAUCCUUCCUCGGACGUUCCUGGUGACCUCCAACCAGAUCGGUCAUCUUCAAACCUUGCAAAAUGAACUCUCUGAGCAACGCGUCCCUGGGUUGCCCCAAUGGAUCCCGGUGGAUCAUGGAGAUCUUCAACGAAUGCGCCCAAGACGGCUGGGACGUCGCCAGCGUGGUGCUGGGUCUCGUUUCCAUCCUCUGCUUCGCCGCGGCUUCGUUUCCCCAAUUCUACCUGGCUUGCAAAACGGGGAUCAUGGACCAGGCGUUGUCGCUCUAUUUCCUCUUGGGUUGGCUGGGAGGAGACUCCUUAAACCUCAUUGGAUCGUUCUUAGCUGACCAGUUGCCUUUGCAGGUAUACACAGCUAUCUAUUAUGUCCUGGCAGAUUUGCUCAUGAUAUCCUUGUACAUUUACUACAAGAUAAAGAAUCAGGACAGGAGGGCCUCUGCUUCUAUCAAUGCCAUUUUGGCAUUCAUCCUCUUCGGCACGGUGUCAGCCGCUCCCUUCCUGGGCCAACCGGCCUUCAAUGUGGACGAUGGGACUCCAAUAGUGUUCAGAGGGAGGACGCUUCUCUCUUCUGCCGAAGAUUCGCUUGGAUGGGAGUCUUUCACCAAAAAAGAAAUAGUGGGGUUUGUUAUCGGUUCGGUUUCAUCUGUGCUUUACUUGGCAUCCCGAAUCCCACAAAUCUAUACAAACUUCAAGAGGAAAUCCACCACCGGGAUCUCUUAUUCCCUCUUUGCUCUGGUGAUGCUUGGAAACAGUCUGUACGGCCUCAGCGUCUUAAUGAAGAACCCGAACCCGGGGCAGUCGGAGGGCAGCUACGUCAUCCAUCAUCUGCCUUGGCUGGUGGGCAGCUUGGGGGUCCUCUCCCUCGAUAUAGUCAUCUCUUUCCAAUUCCUCGCUUAUCGGAAGAAGACUUUCGUGCCGCUUGAAGAGAGAGAAGCACUCCUCAGUUCCCAAGAUGACCCUCAAGAAAGCGGCCGGACUUGACCAUUGACUAUUGGAGACACUGACCAUUGAAGGAUGCUUGGAUCACUUUGCUGGAGGAAUUCUCCCAGCUGGGAUUUCUACCUCCUGAUUUUGGACGGUGAAAUAGACAAUAGAGACGUUCGACACGGUUUCUUUCCACGGAACAGAUUAGUAUUUGCAAAUCAUCUCUCCCUGCCGCCAAAUGGAUGGGGAUUGUCCCCAGAAAGGUGGGGUUGGGAGACGCAGUUUGCCAAACCGAACAUGCAAAAUACUGGUCCUGUAAAAUGGGAAUUCACUACACGCUGCGACCAGGCACAGCACCACAUUAACCUCCUUUUGCAGAUCAGGUUAAGGGAUAGGCAUAAACAUGUUUGUGUUUGCAUUGGGCAUUCUCCUUUUUUAAAUGGGAAUUUUAGCAACACAUAUGGAUCAGAAGGGAAGGAAAAAUUAAAGGCAUUAAAUAUCUUUACACUCUGUAAUCUCUCUGCGUUUUAAAAAAACUAAGCAUCUCAGAGCCUUGUUUUGUUCACUAGAUGAGUUAAUGUAUUUCAAAUUACUUCUGGUUUUGCAGAUACUAAAGCUGGAUUCUUCUUGUUCAGGAUCAACUACAGUUGCUGUUGCGUUUCUUUGAGUUGUUCUCAACUUAAUGGUUACCCUGUCGCUGGGUUUUCAUAGCAAAAUUCCUUCAGAGGAAGUUUGCCAUUCCUUUCCUCCAGGGGUGAGAGAGCAUAACUUGCGCAAAGUCGCCCAAUGGUUUUCCGUGGCCGAAUGGUAUUUGAACCCUGGUCUCCCAAAGACCUAGUCCAAUACUCCCUACACCAAACUGGCUCUUGUGUUGUUACAUGCCUUCAAGUCAACUAUUUACAGCAACCCUACCUUAGGAUUUUCUUAGCCAGUGUUAUGCAGAGGCUUGCCACCAUUGUCUUUCUCUAAGGGUGAAUUGCCCAAGGCCCUCCCAGUAAGUUUCCAGGGGUGAGUGGGGAUUUGAACCCUGAUCUCCUAGCUUUGUAGUCAUACACUGAAACCACUACAACAUAAUUUCUUCCCUUACUUCUACAAUUAUGAGCCAACGUCCCCAUCUCUGUACCAUCUUUGUCCAUUUAUCUUUCUAGUUGUAAUCAUCAGGGAUUCAAGGAAGGAAGCAUCCUUCUUUGGAAAUCCAGAGGCUUCCUCUGUGCAAAGCAGGGGCCAUCUCUCUAGACCUAACCCUAAAAAACUGUUUCUAGUCCUUACAGUUUGGCAUUAAAAGGCUGAACAGAGUAGUAUCUGGCUAUGGACACAUUCUCAGGCCUCUGCUGGGGGACUAACAAGAGAAUCUGCAUUGCUUUUUAAUACUGUAAAGGUUUAACACCACUUUAAGGGUCAGUAUUGCAGAUUUUUAAUUAUAUUGUGUUUUUCAGACUGUAAGAUGCUUUGGGUCCCAGUCUUGGAGAGGGAAAGGAGAUAGAAAAGAAAUAUAAUAAUAAUUGCUCUUUUGGACCCGAAAAUAGACUCUGGAAGUCUGUAUUUUGAGACACAUGGCAGGAAAAGGGGAAGGAUUCAGAGCUGGAUUUAGGUCCAUCCAAGCAACUCUGAGUUAGCAAAUCAGCUCCUUUUAACAAAAUCUUACACCUCCCCAGUCCCUUUCCUCUCUGUCUUUCUAGAUUGCAGUUUUUUAAGUAGCAUCAGCAUUGGAAGAUGAAAGAGAGAGAUUUUUGCUGCUAGGUUGCAAAAGCCUACCUGCACUAAAAGCAAUGCAAUAAACUGAGCUGGGAAAGCGGCCGUUCUAGCGUAGCCGAUCCUUUCGUGGCCGUGUGUCCUUACAUACAACAGGCAAGUUAAAGAGCAGCUGCCUCCAGAAUCCCUGAGUAUCUGUGAACAGAGAAAAGGGCAAAAUUGAUAAAGCCUUCCUGACCAGCCAUUCACAGCAUAUUGUUAUAGAAUACAGAUGUAUGGGUUUGGGCAUGAAAUCAUAAGGAAAGCGGAGUCUGGAAUGAGAAAGAAGU